CCCCUUUUCUAAAACCCUAAUUUUUAUUUCAAUAUAAGGGUUUUUGUAGUUGCUCUCUUCCCCCACCGCAGCUACACCUAAUUCCCAGCCUCCUUUAUUCCAUAAACCCUAAUUUUUUUUUACAUCUCUUAUUAUUAUGGGUACUAAAGUUAAGAAGUCUGCUUCCAAGGCUGAUGUUGUUGAGGCUAAGCCGAUCAAAUCAGGGAAAAAAGGCAAGAGAGAUGCGGAGGAGAUUAUUGAGAAGGAAGUAGUGAGUAGCAAGAAGCAGAAGGUAGUCAAUGGUGGUGUUGCUCAGGCUGUCGAGAAAAAGAAGGUUGAGACAAAGACACAGAAGAAGAUUGUUAAGAAACAGGAAAGCAGUUCCGAGGAUGACAGCAGUUCUGAAUCUGAGGAGGAACAGAAGGUUGUGGCCAAGAAACCAGCCCCAGCUAAGAAACCAGUGAAAGAUUCCAGCAGUGAUGACUCUGACUCUUCUUCUGAUGAAGAACCCAAACCUACUAAGAAACAGUCUGUUCCAACACCAAAAAAUAAACCUGCUAGUAGUUCAGAUGACACUGAAUCAUCAGAUGAUGAACCUGCUAGCAAACAGGUUGUCUUUACUGACAAAAAUAAGAAACCUAGCGUGGAAAGUUCUGAAGAAUCUGAUUCUUCAGAUGAUACUGAUUCCUCAGAUGAAGAGGAACCAAAGAAGCCAGUGGCUGCAGCCAAAAUUGCCGCUGCACCAGCUAAAAAGAAAGAUGAUUCGAGUGAUGAAUCCGACUCCGAUAGUUCAGAUGAAGAGGAAGCCAAGCCUGCAGCAAAGCCUGCUCCCUCGAAAAAUGGAUCAGUAGCUGCUCCAGCAAAGAAGGCAGAGAGUUCUGACGACAGCUCUGAAGAAAGCGAUUCAUCUGAUGACGAUGUCAAAGCAGCUCCUGCAAAGAAACCCGCUGUUGCAGCCAAGAAGGAAUCGUCAUCAGAAGAAAGCUCUGAUGAAGAUAGCUCAUCUGAUGAGGAAGAGCCUCAGCAGAAAAAGGCCAAGCCAGCUGCUGUUAAACCAGCUGCUAAAGUUGAAGAGAGCAGUGAUUCUGAGUCCGAGGAAAGUGAUGAUGAGCCUGCAAAGCCAGCUGUAAAGAAGGCAGCUCCCAAGAAAGCUAAUAGCUCUGAAGAAUCUGAUGAUGAUGAGGAUGAUAGUUCCGAGGAGGACGAACCUAAAACUGCAAAGAAAAAUGGUACUGAUGUGGAAAUGGUUGAUGCUCCAUCAGCGAAGAAAGCGCCUCAAACUCCAGCAACCCCUGCUACUGGAUCCAAAACAUUGUUUAUGGGCAACCUAAGUUUCUCUAUCGAAGAAAAUGAUGUAGUUAAUUUCUUUAAAGAGGCUGGUGAAGUUGUUGAGGUUCGUUUUGCUAUGAGAGAUGAUCGCUUUGCAGGUUAUGGUCAUGUUGAAUUUGCCACCCCUGAUGCUGCCCAAGAGGCUCUUAAACUUAGUGGUCAAGAACUGCUCGGUCGUGAGGUUAGACUUGAUUUGGCAAAAGAAAGAGGUGCAUUUACUCCUGGGACCGGAAAUGAGAGGUCUUUCCAAAAGAGUGGUGGCCAGGGUCAAUCUUUAUCUGUGUUUGUAAGGGGAUUUGGUGCCGAUGAUGAUUUUGACAAUCUUAGGGCGACCCUCGAGAAUCACUUUGGGCAAUGUGGAGAAAUUUCAAGGCUGUCUAUUCCCAAGGAUUACGAGUCUGGGGCUCCUAAAGGGGUUGCCUUCUUAGAUUUUGCUGACAAGGCUGCCUUUAAUAAAGCCCUUGAACUCUCUGGAACUGAUGUUGGAGGAGGCACGAUUACUGUUGAGGAAGCUAAACCAAGAGGCGAUAGUGCAGGAUCUAACCGUGGUGGUGGUCGGAGCGGUGGUAGAGGUAGAUUUGGUGACAGAGAUGGAGGUAGGAGUGGCGGAAGAGGCAGGUUUGGUGGCAGAGAUGGUGGUGGCAGGAGUGGCGGAAGAGGUAGGUUUGGUGGCAGAGAUGGUGGAAGAGGCCGUGGGCCUAGCAGACCAAGCAUGGCAACCCCUGGUACAGGAAAGAAGACAACUUUCGAUGAUUAAGGAUGAGAAUUUUUGUAGCCUGUUGUUUUCACCCUUUCCAGAUUGUUAAAUUUAUCGGUUCUUUGUCUUGAAUUGGAUGAUAAAUGUGAUGAGAUAUUUAUGUUUAGUAGUUUAGACUACCUUUUCGAAGUUAGUUUGACAUAUGUUUAUGUAAUAUUUUUGGUUAACUUACGUGCUUUGUUUGAAGUUAAAACUGAAUACAUAUUUGGUUCUGGUUUCAA